CCAUCGUGCUGUAGGUGCAGCUGUUUGCCUUGUCUUUCUUCUGGUCACUUGGAUCACCACUGGUGUGUUGUCCACUCAGAAUGAAUGGCCACCAACUCUGGUCUCAGCCUCACAGCGGGGAGGUUAUGUCACCUUUCAAGAAUAUUACUACGUUAAGCCCUGGUGUCGAAUGGGUCCCUAUAUUGUUGGUUUAAUGGCUGGGGCUUACUUGUCUCUGCGACGGGAUAAGAGAUUACCAAAGGCUGUCGUUUGCCUUGGCUGGGUCGUUGCCAUAGCCACCGGCCUGGCAGUUGUUUAUGGUCUUCAUGGUGACAUUAGCGGGGACAACAUCAGCAGUAUUAGUGUGGCAGCUUUCUACAACACAGUGGCCAGGUCAGCCUGGGGAGCUAGUGUCUCGUGGGUCAUCAUCGCAUGUGCCUCAGGAUACGGGGGUUUUGUAAAUAGCAUCUUGUCGUGGUCACCCUUCGUGGUCCUGGGACGUCUGACCUACAUGGCCUAUCUGAUCCACCCCUGCCUGUUGUUCGUCUAUUUCCAGAACCAAGAGACCCUGGUCUUCUUAAGUUAUGUCACCCUC